GGUCGGGGGAAGCCCGGCGCGGGGCGCGGAGGAGGGAGCGGCCGGCUUCGGGGCCCCGGCCAAUCGGGCGGCUGGCCGGGCGCGCGGAGCCACAGCGCCAUGGAGGGAGGCGCGGCUCCCGGCCGCCCGUGACCGAGCGUGGCGAGCCCGAGCGGCCCGCGGCGCCCGCGGCGCGGAGAUGAGCAGGUCGGCUGCGCUGCUGCUCUGCCUGCUCGGCUGCCACGUUUGGAAGGCGGUCACCAAGACGCUGCGGGAGCCCGGCGCGGGAGCCCAAGAGGUGACCUUGAAGGUGCACAUUAGUGACGCCAGCACCCACCAGCCCAUCGCAGAUGCACACAUUGAGAUCUUCGCCAGCCAGGUGUCUGUUGCCUCGGGCACAUCCGGCACAGAUGGCGUUGCUUUCCUCAAGUUCCCGUACAAGCUUGGAAAUCAGCUGAUUGUCACCGCCACAAAACACGCCUACGUGCCAAACUCUGCCCCGUGGAAGCCCAUCCGAUUACCGGUGUUUUCCUCGCUGAGCCUUGGCCUGCUUCCCGAGCGCUGUGCCACACUGAUGGUCUAUGAAGAUGUCGUCCAAAUAGUCUCAGGAUUCCAAGGUGCCCGGCCACAGCCUCGAGUUCAGUUCCAGAGAAGAGCCUUGAGGUUGCCGGAGAAUACCAGCUACAGCGACCUGACAGCGUUCCUCACUGUGGCCAGCUCCCCGUCAGAAGUAGACAGCUUCCCUUAUUUGCGAGGAUUGGAUGGAAACAGGACAGGAAACAGCACCAGGUAUGACUUGACCCCCAUCACGGCUAUCAGUGUGCAUUUGCUCAGCGGUAAUGGGACGCCGGUGCUGGUGGAUGGACCCAUCUAUGUCACUGUGCCCUCGGCCACACAGAGCAGUCUGAGGCACGAUGCCUAUGUCGCAGCAUGGCGGUUUGACCAGAAGCUGGGAACGUGGCUGAAGAGUGGUCUAGGCCUGGUGCACCAGGAAGGCAGCCAGCUCACGUGGACGUACAUUGCUCCCCAGCUGGGGUACUGGGUGGCAGCCAUGUCACCUCCCAUCCCAGGUCCCGUUGUGACACAGGACAUUACCACGUAUCACACGGUGUUUCUUUUGGCUAUUUUAGGAGGAAUGGCUGUCAUUCUUUUGGUUUUGCUGUGUCUCCUUUUAUAUUAUUGCAGGAGGAAGUGCUUGAAACCCCGACAGCAUCACAGAAAGCUGCAACUGCCCCCAGCUCUGGAGAGCUCCAAGAGGGACCAGUCCACAUCCAUGUCUCACAUCAACCUGCUGUUUUCUCGCCGAGCGUCAGACUAUCCUGGGCCUCUGUCUGUCUCCAGCCACAGCCGCCCAGAGGCCCCAGGGACGAAGGAACUGAUGGGCGGGGUGCAUUUAGAAAUGAUGUCCCCCAAUGGGGAGGGGGACCUGCACACACCCAUGCUGAAGCUCUCCUAUAGUACCUCACAAGAAUUUAGCUCCCGGGAGGAGCUGCUGUCCCACAAAGAAGAGGAUAAAAGCCAAACAUCUUUUGAUAACUUAACACCAAGUGGGACGCUGGGGGAAGACUACCGUAGGUCUGUGGAGAUCUUUCCCUUAAAGGCAAGAAAAUCCAUGGAAAAAGAAGGCUAUGAGCCCCCUGGCAGUGAUGACUACAGAGGUAGUUACAAUACUGUGCUCUCCCAGCCUUUGUUUGACAAGCAAGAUCAGGAAGGCCUGAUGUCGGCAGGAAGCAAACUCCCCAUUCAGGAACACACGUACCCUGCACCCUUAUCCCCUGAGAAAGAGCAACUGCUGGACCGCAGACCUACUGAAUGCAUGAUGUCACGAUCUGUCGAUCACCUGGAGAGACCUACUUCCUUCCCAAGGCCAGGCCAGUUGAUCUGCUGUAGUUCCGUGGACCAAGUCAACGACAGCGUUUACAGGAAAGUUUUGCCUGCCUUGGUCAUCCCGGCUCAUUAUAUGAAACUCCCAGGGGACCACUCGUAUGUGAGCCAGCCUCUGGUGGUCCCCGCUGAGCAGCAGCUGGAAAUUGGAAGGCUCCAGGCUGAGCUGGCUAACCCCCACGCGGGGAUCUUCCCACACCCAUCCUCUCAGAUCCAAGGCCAACCCCUGUCUUCCCAGGCUAUCUCUCAGCAGCACUUACAGGACGCAGGCGCACGGGAGUGGACAUCUCAGAACGCAUCCAUGUCGGAGUCACUGUCCAUCCCGGCAUCCCUGAAUGAUGCAGCAUUGGCUCAAAUGAACAGCGAGGUGCAGCUCCUGACUGAAAAGGCGCUGAUGGAACUUGGGGGUGGGAAGCCACUCCCACACCCUCGGGCGUGGUUUGUCUCCCUAGAUGGAAGGUCCAACGCUCACGUUAGACACUCAUACAUCGAUCUCCAAAGAGCUGGAAGGAACGGAAGUAAUGAUGCCAGUUUGGACUCUGGUGUGGAUAUGAACGAACCAAAAUCUGCCCGGAAGGGAAGGGGAGACCCUUUGUCUCUCCAGCAGAGCCACGCCCCUCUACAGGAGCACCAGCAGAAAGACCCCAGAGCUCCCGACAGCGCUGCCUACACGCAGCUCGCGUACCUCGAGGACAUGGACCCCAGUGGCCGUGAGUGUUCGGCCACGGUCUGCGCCCCCGAGGACAGCGCCCUGCGAUGCCUGUUGGAAGGCUCAGGUCGGAGGAGCGGCGGGCAGCUGCCCAGCCUGCAGGAGGAGACAACCAAACGGACUUCAGAUGUUCCCCUGGAGCCGUUAGCCAGUCCCAACCAGAGAACAUCUGCCAACGACGAAGAUGAAGACGACGAUGAUGACGAUGACCAAGGAGAAGAUAAGAAAAGCCCCUGGCAGAAACGGGAGGAAAGACCCUUGAUGGCCUUCAACAUCAAAUGAGCCGUCGAGCGCCCCUAAAAUGCGGAUUAUAAAAUUGCCAAAUAUCCUUUCUCACGAAAGUGCAUCCCUGCGUGUGGAGAAGCUGAGGAGUGAAAACCGUGCAAGCCGAUGCUUACUGCACCGACGUGGCUGUGACGCGGAAGGAAAGGUGAGGGACCUGACUUGUCACAGUAGGGAUGCUGACAGACCACUUGUGGGAUUGCUGUGCUCCGAGUACCACCUCAGUUCUCCCUCAGAUCCUAGAAACAGAUGACACGCUCUUUGCAUUGCCUGACCCCUCCAUUCUAUCAUGAUGUCGCUACUGUGAGGCUCCCCCUGGGAAGCUGGGUGGCGAGACUUUCCGGAAGUCGGUGUUAUCUCCAAGGAAAGCUAUGCAUUUGCUGCCUCUUUGUUACUUUGCUUAUGGUUUGUUUCAGUUAGGUCUCCCCGCCCCCCUCUCUGGUAGGGGGUCGUUUUUUCUUUCUUUAAAGUAUGAUUCCGUUUCAGUUGUAAAAUUUUGACUCCCUUCUUUCAGUCCGUUCUUUACUUUUCUGUGGUUAGUUUCAGUGUCUCCCUUCAGGAACUCAGAACCCACCUGGGUGUGGGCUCUUAACAUCUCUAAGCCCUUUAAUGAAACUAUACUGAAGUUUUUUGGGUUUUUUUUUUUUUUUUUUUUUUUUUAUCAGCUAAGAGUCCUUCAAUUCUGGUCCCAUUAACUCCAAGUGCCUUUUUUACAGUGACAACAGACAGUCCCUCGGUUUCAUGUCCUUUCGUAACCCUUUCAAUUGAACUGCCUGGAUUUUAUAUAAAGUUACUAAACGAUACCUUGUUCUUGGAACUGCAUGCUGCCAAGUACCAUUCGUGCUCAGCACCCUCAUUUCGACACAGUGUACGCUCCAGGUAUCAUGUGUAAGGUGGGUCUGUUUAGCUGAGAUAGACUAGAGGACACUGUAGAGACGCCCGUCCCUAUUCCAUCCCUUUGGUCACUAGCGACCAUCACGGUUCCACUGGCUGUUUGUAUAUAGGGUUAUGUGCUAACUCUGGAAUCCUGUGUGCCCUUCCUGCUCACCGAACGUGAGAGUGUGGGCUGAGCGGGGGGAUUGAAUGUGACUGUUAAAACCACUCAUGUACUGUCCAAAAGUGCCGGAAUGUCUCUUCUGCGCAUUCUCCUUUAAGAGCUGCUUGGUUGUCCAAAAAUGAAAACUCAAAAUAAACUUGGAAGA